AUGGCAUCAAUUGAAUAGCUAUCUAAGGUGGAGGAUCAUGAACAGAUACCCUAAGUUGAUUCUUCAACUCCAUCACAUGAAUCAGAUUCUUCAGACUCUUCCUAUGAUUUCGCUUAAGACUUAAACCAAAAGCCCUCAUUUAAGAGAUCACCAGAAGAGGAAAAAGAGCUUCUGUAUAAAUAUAGAGGUAAACAUGGGCUAAAGUAUGCCAAAAUAUCAAAUGAAUAACGACAGAAGUUAAUAAAAUAAGUCACAACUACCGGCUGUACCAUAAAAAGUGCAGCUAAAGAAUUAAAUAUCAAUUUUUCAACUGCUAAGGCAAUUAUGCAGAUCUAUAGAAAAGAGGGUCGGACAUCAAAGAAAAUCAAGAGGGAUAACAAGAAAACACUGUCCACUAAGUAAGAAAUUCUCAACCAAACCACUUCUGAUAAACCAAAUUAUGAUGAAUAAAGACAGACAAAAGUUGAUGUAGUCCAAGAUAAUUUGGAAACAAAUCUUUAUCAACAAGCAGAAGAGACUAAUAGGAAUUAGGCUCUAUUAAUUUAAUAAUUGAAUACGUAGAAUAUGUUAUUAUCUGGCAGAGUACAGUAAUUGCAAUAGGAAAAAUAAUAAUUAAAUCAAAACUUCUCCUACCUAACUUAUUAAUAUAACCAAUUAUAAUAAAUGAUGUCUCAAAUGGUGCCUUCGUAUUAUCGACCUUAUCCUUGAUUAUGAUCUUGUAUUAUUGUAUUAAAAUAUGUAUUAAAUCAAAUAAAACAAA